GUUACCAAUACCAGUUAGUCGGAGGCCGAAGACGACAGACGUAGAUCGAGUUGGAAACUUUAUUUUAUGAAAACAAGCAUUUAAUUCUGCAGAAUGUUUCUCAUUUGAGUGAAAGAUCAAGUCCACAAGUGUAUUUAUUAGUCUGCCAUUCUUCCUAUAGAAAAUGUCGGUACAGUAGCCUUGCAAAUCAUUGAUAAUGCCUCCAAAAUUUAAACGUCACCUCCGAAGCGGAGACCUUGCAGGUGCUGAUGAGAUCGAAAGGGUAAACCUUCUAGGUGAAUACCAUGAUGAUGAAGAUGAAGAAGAAGAUUUCUUCUAUAAUAGGAGUCCAAUGCCUAAACCUGGACGGAAUAAUCAGAGUAACUCAAAGAUACAAAAAGUGCAAGGCCAGGUAGAUGAAGUUGUAGGAGUAAUGAGGGGAAAUAUGGAGAGAGUCAUUGAUCGGGGAGAAAAACUUGAAGAUCUGGAAGAAAAGACAGAGGAUCUCAUGUACAGUGCAUCCAUCUUUAAAGUUAGUGCGAAGGGACUUCGAACACACUUCUGGUGGCAGCAAUGCAGGAUGCGGAUUCUAUUAUUAGUGGUGGUCGUUAUCAUCCUCCUCAUUAUUUUCAUUCCGAUCAUCUUGAAGACAAGGAAUAAGUGACAUUGGCUGACUACACGUGUUGGUUGCUUUCAGAGAAAAACAGAGGUUUGGAAGAAAUUAACUCUUAGAGAUAUGUGAGAUCUACCAAGUAUUCAAGCGUAAGCAGUGUUUUGUAAGGAUUAUUAUUCAUUUUGGAGCAAACAGUUAUAUGCUCCAAGUUUCGUAGAGGGCUGAUAUUCGGGGAUCUUUGCCUUUAUAUACAAUUCAAAUUUACCUGGAUUUGAAAGAAAAGAAAAGCCUUGUUAGGAUGAAGAGGGCUGAUAUUCAGGGAUUACUGCUUUAUACAAUUCAAAUUUACCUGGAUAUGAAUGAAAAGAAGAGGGCUGAUAUUCGGGAUUAUCGCUUCAUACAAUUCAAAUUUACCUGGAUAUGAAAGAAAAGGAAAGCCCUAUUAGGAUGAAUAGGGCUGAUAUUCCAGGAUUAUUGCUUUAUACAAUUCAAAUCUACCUGGAUAUGAAAGAAGAAAAAAAAGCAUUGUUAGGAUAUGAUGCGACUAAGUUCAGCAAUAGUUUUCAAAGUGUUCAGAUAUGCUCCAUAUCUGAAAAAAAAAUGUCUGAAGUUUUUGCAGACAAACCCUUGACAUCAUGAUUCCAUUAUGAUGUAAUGACCCAUGGCAUCGAUGUUCUUAAUCCAAUUAUUGCUGUGUAAGCCAUGUUGAACAAAGUUCUGUGUAAGUCUUUGCAAACUAGGGACAUAUUGUUUUGCACAAACUCUUCAAAGAAUUUUGUUGAUCAGCAUCUAAUUCACAAGAAGAGAUUCUCCUGCCUCUGCUUCAUAUUUUGAUGUCAAAUUUCCUUGGUGACUUCAUGCACAAACAUAUUGAACAGUUUCCAGGCAAAACGAACCUAAACGUAGCCUCCCCAUUUUGCGCUUAGACCCAGAAGCAAUUCUUGUGUCCCAGGCUCUCAUGAAUCUUUUUCUUCAAUCAAAGACAUCUUCAGACGCGUGUCACGUUACUUGAUUACAUUUCCAUCGUGAGACUUUCUCUUGUUAUGCAUUUUGAAAUUCUGCAAGUUUUUAUGCUAGGGCCCAGAAGCAAGUUCUUGUGUCAGAGGUUUUGCACACCACAAACAUGUCUUGAUCUUCAAAUGUCAGUGCCCGUUGGUCUUCCUCUAACACUUCUCAUUGGAUGAUACUUCAUAGAAAUUUUUUGACGGCAUUUAUUUCACAAAAUAUAUCAUUCUGCGUCUGCAUCAAAUUUUAAUGUGAGAUUUCCCGGGCAAGUUAAUAUGCAAACAUAAUGAACAAUUUCUAGUCAAAACAAGCCUAAAUGUAGCUCUCAUGAAUCUUUUUCUUCAAUCAAAGACAUCUUCAGACGUGUGUCAUGUAACUUGAUAACAUAUCCGUUGUGAGACUUUCUCUUGUCACGCAGUUUGAAAUUCUGCAAGUUUUUAUGCUUGGGCCCAGAUGAAGCAAGUUCUUGUGUCACAGGCUUUGCACACCACAUACAUGUCUUAAUCUUCAAAUAUCAGUGCAUGUUGAUCUUCCUCCAACACUUCACAUUGGAUGAUACUUUAAAGAAUGGUACUGGGAUUGUCAAUGUUGGGAUCAUGAGCAGGGGCCCAUUUCAUAAAGGACUGGCAACUGUUGUAACUUUGCCAUUAUGGCAACAUGUACCAUGGUAACAGGGCUCAGUAGCCAAUCAGAAUCAAGGUUGCCAACAGUUGUAACUCUUUAUGAAACAGGCCCCUGGUCUUCCAAACAGUUUACAGGCAAAACAAGCUUAAACUCAGUCUCUCCAAAUGUGCUCAGCUGCAGAAUAGAAGAUUCAUUUCUGUGUAACCAGGGAAGUGGGAGAUAUGCUGACUGAAUUGCAUUUAUACAACAAAGCAGGAAAAGUGGAGUUUCCCUGAACAAAGUGUUGUGAAUUUCUGAGUGGUGUAUAUUUUAUGAAAUGAUAAGUUACGGUAAUGAAAAUAGAUUAAUCACAAUUGGGUAUAAAAUCCGAAAUUGAGUUGAAAAUCAAGUGUGAAUAAGUAAGUGACAAAAUGGUUUUUAUGAUAUAUGAAAAUAAUGAUCGCGGUAUUUCAAAUAAAUAAUAUAAAUCGGGUGUAAUAUAAAAUCUUACCGUAUCCCAUACGGCUUUGGCUCAACUGCUUCCCGCCAAAUUGUAAAAUGAAAUAAAAUUUUUUGAGUGUUAUACUUUAUAUGUAAAUUAACUCAACUUGCUGUCCACAAGAACCAGAACCGGGAUAGAACCAGAGACUGUGCAGUUGUGCGUCUUAUCUUCAUCCAGGGUCAAAUCCAGUUCAGAUCUCACGUAUCAGCAUGUGAUGUGAACUCGACCGUAUGCACGAGAUACGUGUGCCCUAAUUAUGGCAAGCCAUGUGUUCCAAAUACAUAUACUACUAUAUUUCACAACAGAAGUAAGGGAGAUUAAACUCACUGUGAAAUGCCAGUCAUCAACACUCCUGUAUGGUUGAAGUCAGUCCUUUGCUUCCUUGCAUAUAGAUGGGCAGUGGAACCAUUCAUAAAAUAAAAAAAACAUGUCCAUAUAUUCAAUCACAGUUCUUAUACUCUCUGUAAGCGGGUCUCCCUGCACUUUUAGUGCAUUAGUCAUGGUACAACUUAGAACCUAAAAAAGAAAGGAAAGAGAAACAGCGAUUGUACACAAAACACGGGAAUGAUACCCAAAAUAUUCUCUUCUCUUUCGUCUGCAUAAAUAAUAAUCCUAUUUUAAUAAUCUAAUUUUUACAAAAGACUAACAAAAUCUAUACAUUAUAAUGAAAAACUAUCUACUCUACAUCUAACACUAAAAUAUAAAACAUUGUCUAUCAAUUCAAAUAAAAACAUACAUAUACACGUACAUCAAAACCAAAAUAUCAUUAAAAAUAUUUACAUAUCGAAACAUACCAAUAUAGACUUGGAAAAAAUAUAUAUCUUUCAGAACAAAAGUACUGUCAAGUGGCAAAAGUUAUGUCUUAAAGCAAAAAAAAUUACUAUUAUAACAAGGAGAAGUAAUAUAAAUUACCAUGAAAAAACAAAUCUGUAUUAAACACUACACAUAAAUAUGUCACGAUAUACAUAAACAAAUAUAAGAAUAAUAACAACAUAAACAACAAUCAUAUUUUUAUAAUCAAUUCUUUACGAAAAACUAACAAAAUCUAUACAUUUAAAGAAAAAAAAGAAACAUCUACUCUACAUCUAACACUAAAAUGUAACACAAUGUCUAUAUCAAAUUCAAAUAAAAACAUACAAAUACACAUACAUAAAAACCAAAAUUUCAAUAGAAAUAUAUACAUAUCAAAACAUACCAAAAUAGACUUUGCAAAAGAUAUAUAUAUAUUUCAAAACAAAAGUAAUGUCAAGUGGCAAAAGUUAUGUCUU